AUGGUUGCCCGAGGUGAAUUUCUGGUGGCCCCGGGCCACCGGGCCACCACUAAUGUCGAGCCUUGUAAUAAGGAUAAAGAUAUCAAUGGUGAUGUCUUUCGAUCAGCAGCCGAGGCCGGACCUAACGACAUUCUUAAGCUUUACAACCAGAAAGGAAAUUUGGUCAACAUCUCACCCAAACUGGAAGAGAACGCACCAGAUUCUAGAUAUAAAUUAGAUGUGGUAGCAGCUCACUGCGAUGGAAGUGUAGCAGAGAAGCUGGGCUUUGAUAUACAAAAGAUGGAAUCAAGGUUGGAAUUGUUAGAGAAGAAGGUGCUGAUCGAUGGGGGAGAGAUCCCGACUGUCGUCUACGAACUCCGCAAUAAAGUAGAAGAAUUCAGGGAUAAACUUGAGAGCGUGGAGCAUUUAAGCUGGCUCGGUCUGACCAAGGAGUUUGUCGCCAGCUCUACCAACCAUUUGCCUUUCUACAAACAAAAACUCAGGAAGACCCAAGAAGAGCAGAGGAGAGUCUGGGAAAAAUUCAGCAAAAUCUCCAGGCACUUGCAGCUGACUGACGAUAUCCGGGAGUACCUGAGACAGCCGACGUUUGACAACUGGCAGUGGGAGGAUGCGGAGAUGAUGCUUCUCCUUCAACAGAUGUACAUAGACUUGGACUUCAUCGCAAAGUUUAAUAUAGAGAUGCCCAUUCUUCAGAAUUUUCUCUUUGAGGUCUUCAGGCAUUACAACAAUGUACCAUUCCACAACUUCAAGCAUUGCUUCUGUGUUUCACAAAUGAUGUAUGGAAUCAUAUGGAGGGUAGACCUUCCCAAGCUAAUAGGCCAUCAGGAAUGCCUGGUGAUGAUCACGUCAGCGAUAUGUCAUGAUUUGGAUCAUCCAGGUUAUAACAACGCCUAUCAGGUAAACGCAAGGACAGAACUGGCCCUGAGGUACAAUGACAUCUCACCGUUAGAGAACCAUCAUUGCUCAGUAGCAUUCAAAAUUCUAGAGAAGCCCCACUGCAACAUCUUCAAGAACCUUAGUCCAGAGAUCUUCAAGCAAGUAAGGGAAGGCAUCAUCCGAUGUAUCCUAGCAACGGACAUGGCCAAGCACAACGAGAUUCUCAAUGGUUUCAAGGACAUCAUAUCAACCUUUGAUUUCAGCAAUAAAGCGCACAAGGAUCUACUGACCAAAAUUUGCAUCAAGGUAGCGGACAUCUCCAACGAGGCGAGGCCCAUGGAUGUAGCUGAACCUUGGAUAGACUGUUUGCUCCAAGAAUUCUUUAACCAGAGUGACAUGGAGAAAUUGGAAGGGUUACCGGUCGCCCCGUUCAUGGACCGGGAGAAGGUCACCAAGCACACCUCUCAGACGGGAUUCAUCAGAUUCGUACUAUUACCCCUCUUUGAGGCAUUGGGAGUACUAUUCCCUAAACUUGAUGAACACAUCAUCGAGCCUGUCAGGACGGCACUCAAGUACUACUCAGAAAUGGCCCAGGCCCUGGAGGAGGAGAAGAAGAGAACAAACGAGAGGAAAGACUCGCUCACCAACGGCAGCAACACCAUCACGAAAAAGAAUGUGGAAGCCAACUCGACCACGUCAUCGUCGAGCUCGUUAAGUCACAAUGGAAAGAGACCAAGCAGUGGGAAAGGGGUGCCCAAUAACCCACAUGUGGGUGCAGUCAAGGACAAAAAAAUGGUGGCAAAGUCCCCCUCGCCGUCGAGUUCGGCGACCAAGUCGACGGCGAAGACCAAAUGACGGUGGUGUUUCCUCUGCGGGAGCAAAGACCAAUAGACUCACUGCUGCAACACUGCACUCAUAAUGACGGAACAAACAGGGACUUCACUCGCUCUCUCUCUCUCUCUCCUGAUAUGUCACUUCUUCGCCUCUCAUGCAACCAUGCAAUGCAAAAGGGUCUUAUGUCUGUCUUUUUUUAAUAU